UCUGUUUGUCACAAAAAAGAAUAGCAAAUAAAUAGCAAACUAUACACAUGUCGCUGGUUGUAUUCCAAAACGGAUUAUGUCGAAUACUAUAAAUGAAACAGGUCAAAGGAAGCUAGAUCAGCUUUUCGUGAAAGCAAUCCAACAAUGCCAAGCUGACAAAUUAGUCGAAGCUAUAUCGAAAGGAGUGGACCCCAACAUAGAAGUGUACCAUGGUCAAGCUGCUCUUCAUGUGGUAUCAGAAGGAGACAACAUGUCGCUUUUCAAUAUCCUGAUUAAACAUCCCAAUAUAAACAUAGAGAUUAGGAAUUUCGAAGGAUUCACCCCGCUGAUGGUGGCCACUAUAAAUUCCAGGAGAGACAUGGUUUUGGGGCUGUUGAGGAAAGGCGCCGACCCCAACGCGGCCAGUGCGCUUGGCAACCGCGCUUUGCAUUUUGCGUGCCGCCUCAGCCACAUGGGCAUCGUCUUCGAUCUGAUCACCAACGGCGGGCAAGUGAACGGCCUGUCCAAUUGCUUCGACGUGACGCCACUGGCCAUCGCCGCGAUUGACUCGCCGUCUAUGAUCAUCACACGGUACCUGCUGAGGAAGGGGGCCGUGCUGAGUGGGUCGAAGCAGUUCCCCUUGUUGUUAGAAUGUGCUCUUGCUUGCAACAACGAACGGCGUCUGGCCACUUUGAGGAUCCUUAUCGACUACGGAAUGGAUAUAAAUCAAGUGCAUCCCAUGGAAAAAAGGAAUUGUCUCCAUUACGCAGCCAUCAGUGGAUACACACCUUUGGCUGAAUAUUUACUAUCUGAAGGUGCAGAUUUGGAUGCAAUAGACGCUACUGGACGUACGCCAUUGGAAAUAGCACGUGAUCACCAGAACAGUGACGUCGUUUGGGCGUUGAAGCAUUGGCGUAGAAGAAAAAAAAUCAAUUUUGCCGACCAAAAAGCUAUUAUAGAGGUGCUAAGCUCAAGCAUUGAGAACAUGAAAGGAACAACAUCCAAAACGAAGAACUGACGAUUGAAAUGUCAUGAAAACUAUGACUUCAGUAUCAUUGUGUAAUAAUAUAGUAUAAUAUUCCUGCAGUAAUUCAUUAAUAACCUCUUAGUACAGAAGCAGUGAUGUUAUUUAUUAUUUUAUCGUGCGGUGUCUCAAGAAUUUCUUGUAUACUGAGAGAAUCUCGUAUUCAGCACAAAAGAGGUGAAAUAUCUUGUCUGGCAUUUUCAUAUUAUUAUUUAAAUUUUCA